CCGUCCACUGCCUGUAUUGAAACAAAAAUUUUCAAAUGUUGAUUUUGAAAAUAAACAAAUAUAAAUAUUCCAAAAGUCAAAAUUGAAAAGUCCAAAUUCUGAUGGCUUCGCAAAUAUUCCAGCCCUGCAAUGCUGAGAACUCGGAAAAUUCUUCCACAGCAGACUCCCAAGACUUUCCCCUGCUGCCGUGUCAAAAGAAACUUCAACUACGAGCCGAGGAUGAAAUAAGUGUGGAUAGUAUCUUCUCCACGCUCCUGUCAAAAAUCAAACCCUCUUCCGAGGAAUUUCGUAACCUAAAAUGGGAUCUAAAUGCCAAAGAUUUUCACAAUGAAAAACAAUCGAUGUUAUUUGAGGAAAAGCUAUACAUUUCCCAGCUGCAAGAUGGCGAUUGUAAACUAAACGAGGAGGUGAAGAUUUUUAUGGAACGUGAACUGGAAGAGGUGGGAGAGUUGCGCAUCAAAGUGGAGGAAAGUUAUGAUGGCUAUGUGAUCUAUGCCAAAAGUCGUAUGGUCAAGGAUAAGGGGAAAUACGAAGCUGGCCAUUGGACAAGGGGCAAAUAUGGUGAUAAAUUCCAGUUGAUAUGCGAGAAGCGAAGCGAAUACGAUUUUGUGGAUAAUGCAAGGAUUGAACGUUCGUUGGAUGCCCGUAUCAUUGAUGACAAAUUGAUUGCCAAACGAGAGAACAAAAUCAAUAGAGAGGUGCAACAUUUCAAGGCUGUUAUGAAUGUCAAAGGUCGGGAUGAUUUGAUCCUCUUGGAUGGUGGCGUUAUGCUGCUAAUGCGCCAUUUAAUCAUCAAUAAUUUUCGUGGCGAUUUUCAAUAUUUUACCAUGAACCUUUUUGGUAAGAUCCUGCGCUGUCAACUAACCAUCCACCAGGAUCGUAAGUCCAUACGCAUAUUCCAUCGCACCUUCAAGAACAUCAUACAUGUUGUGAAUACUCAAUAUUUCAACGACUACCCGCAGGAGGUCACCGAAACCUUCUUCACAGCGAAUGGGAAAACCAUUCUGCACUUUUGGCAUGGCUACCGUUAUGUCCUUCACGAAACAAAGGGUUUCGUUAAGAAAUGUGAAAGAAUUGUACCAAAAUUGGAGCUAAUGUGGCGUAGUCAAAAUCAACUUUUGGAUCAAUAUCGCCUCAAGACAAGGCUGACCUAUGAAAAUGCCUUGGCCUAUUUUCAGGAACAUCCUGAACUGGUCGAUUUCCUAAUGGACUACCUUUUAAAUGUCAUUCAAUAUAAACCGGAAAAUGUAUUGGAAUUUACGGUGCGUUUCUUUCAGAAGUUUCGAAAACCACCACCAAUAAUGUAGGGCCUUUUUUUCGUUGGCAGAGGAUACUCUCAGUUAUUUGUUUUUGUAACCCCUGGCAACCCCUACCUGUAUUCAUGUGCAUUGUUGAUGUUGUCAAAAUAAAUUUUUAAAUUGUCUUGACAAA